AUGUUGGAAGUAAAUGAUUUCUGGGUAAAUGUUGUUUCUUAUGCUGUUUACAACAAAUCCACAGCUCCCACCUGUAAAGAUGGAAUAAAUGCUACCUGGAACUUCACCUUGAUUAAUAAACAGAUGAAUUGGUUUGAUGCUCAGAACUACUGCAGACACAGUUACACAGACCUGGCCACUGUGAGGAAUGAAGAAGAUAAUAACUUGAUACACAAAAUGGUUACAAGUGGCACUUGGGCAUGGAUUGGCAUGUUCCAGGACACAUGGGAAUGGUCAGACCUGUCAAACUCCUCAUUCCGUAACUGGAAAAAUGGCCAAAAUGACAAUAAUAAAAACACAUGUGCUUUAGCACAGGUCACCUGGCCUGGGACAUGGGAUAUGACACCAUGUGAUGAAAAGCACCCAUUCGUAUGCUAUGAUGAUAACCUGAUCUUAGUAAACAGAACCAUGACCUGGAAUGAAGCCCUGAAUUACUGCAGAACGCACCAUUCAGACCUGGUGUCUGUCCACAAUGAGGAGAUCCAGUACUGGGUCAGUAGGAGGGCUGAGAAGGCCUCCACUGAUCAUGUCUGGCUGGGGCUGCGCUUCUCCUGCUACCUGAACCUGUUCUGGAUCAGUGCAGAAAAUGUUCGCUACCAGAACUGGGCCCCAAACAACAUAUUCAACAGUAACUUGUGUGGAACCACAGGGGCAGUACAAUCUAAAGACCCACAUUACUGGGUCAGCCUGCCUGAGACUAAGGAGCUCAACUUCAUCUGCACCAAAUAUCCAAUUCUUACAGGAAAGAGAACAGUGGUGAGACUGACUGUCAGAACUGAUGGAAAAGUAAAGGAUCCUGCAUUCAGCAGCCUUCUGUUAAUGCAGUUAAAGGAGAAACUGAUCAGCGCAGGCAUGUCAGAAAACACCACACUAUCCUGGAGGACUCAACCUGAUGGCCAAAUCUUCCAUCUAAAGGAUGAAAGAGCAUAAAUGACAAGGUGUCUGUGAAUUUGGAAGAGAUGAAUUCUCUGUGUGUCUGGAAUUGCAGAGGGAUCUGUGGACCAUAGCAGCCCAAUAUUCAUUAAUUUGCACAUGACAGAAAGAAAUUUUAGCUUUAGUGAAUUCAAGACAAUGCAAGCUUGCAACAUGUGAGGGAUUGUCUAUCCUUCUGCAUCUGCAUAAGAAACUUUCAUUUGUGCUGAUCCUGAAACAAAUAAUUGCUAACUGCAUUUCAAGCCUCACGGUGCUCACUGCUUUCUUGGUGUGUUUCAGUUUAAUAGAUAAUGAACAUUUAGAAAUAAAAUAAUUACCGUAGCCUAGUGGUGUGCGAUACUACAA